CCAAAGCCCGCCAACCGCGCUGAUCACCGGCGGAUGAUGCUCGGCCCAACCGUCGCCGGCUUCGUAGCCUUCCCCUCACCGCCUCUGGUCGACGCCAGCGACGAUGGGAUGCGCGUGGCGGUGGCGACGGUGGAGCGUCUCCUUGGGUACUCGUUCCGAGACCGGAGGCUCCUCGAGGAGGCGCUGACCCACCCGUCCUACCAGGAGCACCCGACGUACCAGCGCCUCGAGUUCGUCGGGGACGCCGCCCUUGGCAUGGCAUUCACCAACUAUGUCUACCUCACCAAUCCCGACGCCAAGCCCGGCCGGCUUUCCACCCUCCGCGCCGCCAAUAUCUCCACCGAGAAGCUCGCCCGCGCCGCCGUCCGCCACGAUCUCUACCGCCUCAUCCGCCGCAACUCCCCAGACCUCGAUCGCAUGGUGGCCGAGUUCACUCGAUCGGUGCUGAGAGAAUUGGAGGACGGGGAGGACUUGGAGCCCUACGGCGGCUGCAGCAUCAAAGCCCCCAAAGUACUAGCCGAUAUCGUCGAGUCCAUCGCCGCCGCCGUCUACAUCGACUGCGACUUCAAUCUUGAGUUGCUCUGGAAGGUAACGAGGGGGAUGUUGGAGCCGAUAAUUACUUUGGAGACUUUGCGUGAGCAGCCGGUGACGACGCUCUACCAGUUCUGCCGGAAGAAUAAGAAGAGUAUCCACUUCAAGCACCGGAAGAUUGGAAAAAUGAACGUGAUGAACGUAUUUGUCGAUGGCCAGCCCAUCGGAAUUGGAUCAUCAAAACAGAAGAUAAUCGCGAAACUCAAUGCUACAAGGGAUGCAUUGGAGAAGCUAUCUUGCCCCAAGGCAGGGUUCAUGGAUAUUGAGCCCGCUCUGGCUGAAGGGGAUGGAGCAGGUGAGCAGAUACAAGGAUCGAAACAAAAGCUUCAUAAGCUGUGCAACAAAAAUAGGUGGCAGAGGGCAUUCUGCAGAACUGAGAGAGAAGAUGGACCUGCUCAUGACAAGAGAUUCGUAUGUUCGGUUCUAGUUGAAACUUGGGAUAAUUCUUUUAUUUCAUUGAGUGACCCCACGUCAAGGGUGAAGGAUGCCAAAAAUGCAGCAGCAUACAAGACGCUAUCUGAACUACUUAAUUAA